AUGUCUAUUGUUGAAUCUGUUGUGGAUACAUUGUUAACUUCAGGUUGUGGAUACGGAUUGCUAAUCUCACGGAUUACUAAUCUCAGUUUAAAUAUGUUUCCUAGAAAACAACCAUCUGGUGCUCAAAAUAGGAAACGAAAACGAAAAGAACAGGAUCUUACUAAUAAAUUACAAGGAUCUUUAAAUAAGUAUCUUGUUAGAAAUGAAAAUAAUGAUGAAAAUACUAAUGAUGUUGAAACUAAUGAUUUUGUUGAUAAUUCUAAAGGUCCAAUUGAAACUUCUAAUGAACCUAUUGAAAAUUCUAAUGAUCAUGAAAAUAAUGAUUUUGUUGAUAAAUCUAGUGAUAUUAAUAUUUUUGAUCCAAGGGUAUGGGAUAAGUUAGAUUUUAAAAUGAAAGAUUUGCUUGUAGAAAAAUGGCCUAUUAGGGAAAUUGAAAAUAACAAAAUUUUUCCAAAAGAUGCACUAGGUAGACAUUUUUCUUGUGAAUUUUAUAUUCGUAAAUUAAAGAAUGGUGAUUCUUAUGAUAGAAAGUGGUUGGUGUAUUCAAAAGAACUUGAUAAAGUGUUUUGUUUUUGUUGUAAGUUAUUUAAAACAGCUAGAUCUAGAAGUAAUUUGGCAACCGAAGGAAUUAAUGAUUGGAAACAUCUUAGUGAAAAAUUAAAUGAACAUGAACAUAGUUCUGAACACAUGAUUAAUUUAAAAACUUGGACACAAACACGACUUAGGUUAAGGAAAAAUGAAACAAUUGAUAAAGAGUUACAAGAAAGAAUAAAAAAAGAUACUCAACAUUGGAAAGAAGUUUUUGUAAGAAUUAUUGCUGUUGUAAAAUGUUUAGUUGAAUAUAAUUUGGCUUUUCGUGGAACUAAUGAAAAAAUAUAUGAGAAAUCUAAUGGUAACUUUUUAGGUGUACUUCAAAUGAUUGCUGAGUUUGAUCCAAUAAUGAAACACCAUUUUCAACUUAUUCAAGAUAAAAAAAAAAGUCACUUUCAUUACAUUAGUCAUAAAAUUCAAAAUGAAUUAAUUGAAUUGUUGGCAUCCGAAGUUAAAAGUGCAAUUAUUAGAAAAAUAAAAAAAGCAAAAUAUUUUUCGGUAAUUCUUGAUUGCACUCCGGAUGCAAGUCGUAAAGAGCAAAUGACUUUGAUUAUUAGAUGUGUUGAUGUUGCAAAUGUUCCAAUAAAAGUAGAAGAGUUUUUUUUAGAGUUUUUAAUGGUAGAAGAUACAUCCGGUUUAGGACUUUUUAAUGUUUUACAAAAUGCUUUAAAAUCUCUUGACUUGGAUAUUAAUUGUAUUCGAGGACAAGGAUAUGAUAAUGGAGCAAAUAUGAAAGGCAAACAUCAAGGUGUACAAAAAAGAUUGCUUGAUAUAAACUCAAUAGCUUUUUAUAUGCCUUGUGGAUGUCAUAAUUUAAAUUUAGUUUUGUGUGAUAUGACAAACUCUUGUCAUAAAGCUAAAACAUUUUUUGGUACUUGUCAAACAAUAUAUAAUGUUUUUUCUAGCUCCACACAUAGAUGGAGUGUUUUACUUGACCAUGUAGAUGAGUUAACCCUAAAAUCAUUGUCUACUACUCGUUGGGAAAGUCACAUUGAAAGUGUUAAAGCAAUAAAAACUCAACUUUUUCAAAUAAAAGAAGCAUUAACAAAUUUAGCUCAAGUGAGUGAUGAUGGUAAGGUUUGUAGAGAUGCAGAAUCAUUAGUAGAUGAAAUAAUUUGGGAAAAUGGGUUUGACACUGCUAUUAAUGAGGCUAAAAACAUAGCAGAAAAUAUUGGAGUUGAACCAAAAUUUCCUAUCAAACGUGUUUAUAGUAGAAAAAAACAAUUUGAUGAAGUUCCAAAUACUGAAAGAGAACAACAAUCAUCUCAAGAAAAAUUUAGAACUGAUUAUUUUAUUGUUAUAGUAGAUAUGGCUCUAACUCAAUUGAGAAGUAGAUUUGAGCAAAUGCAACAUUUUGAAUCUAUUUUUGGAUUUUUGUUUGAUGGUUCAAAGUUAAAAUCUUUACUUGAUGAUGAAUUAAAAAAAUGUUGUAAGAAACUUGAAACUAGUUUGACAAAUGGUGAGGAACUUGAUAUUGAUGGAAAAGAUUUAUUUAUUGAGUUACAAGUUUUGCAGGAAAUGUUGCCGGAUGAAGCAUAUAAAGGUGAACUUCCUUGGACAGCUAUUCAAAUUAUGGAGUUUGCAAAGGGGAUGGACAUGUUUCCCAAUGUGUUGGUGGCAUAUAAGAUUUUGUUGACGGUACCGGUCACAGUUGCUUCCGCGGAAAGAAGUUUUUCGAAAUUGAAGUUAUUGAAGUCAUAUCUUCGAAGUACCAUGACUCAAGAAAUAUUAAAUUGA